AUGAACGACUUCAUAUGCAGUAGCAUCGGCAUUUUUCUAUUUUUUUCUCCACUCAUCACUUUUGUUCAGAAUUUUCAUCAUCGCUUAACGAAACGAGAACUGCAACAAAUUUUCGCCGUAUCUAAUCACAACGACGUGCCAGAAUACGCGCUGAUCGAUGUUAGCAGGAAGGAAUUCAGUGAUGGUACCGUGCAUUUAUUAUUCAAUGCUUGGGAUCAGAAAUUUCACGUCGAUCUCAAGCGUAACCUCAAACUACUCAGUCCUCAUUUGAUCUCGGUGGUGCGUGACGGCAGCAGAAGUUCCAGAAGUCAGGGAUUACCGACACAUCUGAAAGCAGAUUGUCACUUCCAUGGAAAAGUAUUAUCACACGAUAACGUUUCAGCCGCCAUAUCCUAUUGCGACUAUUUGACUGGUACCAUUGUGAUGGACAAUCAUUUUCUCUUAUUACAAACAGUUCCUCAACGUCUCAGACAUCUACACCAGGUCAAGCAACAUCAUAUCAUAUAUAAACGUGAAGUGGACCCGUCUUCUAACUUGGAUGAUGCGCCAGAAGGACAGUUACCAAAGCUCAAUGAUGAGUCGAACGAGAAGGAAUUUUGUGACGUUACCGAAGGACCAACAUUCAACUAUACAAUACCUGUAGAAGGUAAUCUCGAUUCCCUCUUCAUCUUCCCACAAUUGGAUCCAGUAACCUUAGAAAUUGGACUUUUUCUGGAUUCCAAGCUUUAUGAGCAUUUUCAACGUGAAUUCAUUGAUGAUCCCGAACAACAUUUGGUGGAUUUCUCUCUUGCUUUGAUCAAUAAUGUUCAUGUUCUUUACCAACAGUCAUCGAUGACUCCAAACUUGGAUAUUGUCAUCGUACGAUUUGAAUUGUGGAAAAAACAACCGACAGGGCUUGAUACGUUAGCACAUCGGAAUGGACAAGCACAGACAUUACUGAAUCUGUUUUGUCGCCAUCAAGCUACCCUUAAUCCGGGAACUGAUCUGACUGAUCCAGAGCACUGGGAUCACGGCAUUCUCCUUACUGGAUAUGACAUCUAUCAUACAACGACUUCGGUUGCUGGCGUUGCACCUGUUGCACGAAUGUGCGAUCAAAUAUUUGCAUGCAGUUUGGUGGAAGGAAUGCAUCUUGGCCGAUCAUUUGUCUUGGCUCAUGAAAUGGGGCAUAACAUGGGUAUGGUCCACGAUGGGAUUCAGAAUCAGUGCGGCCGAAGUUGUUGUCUAAUGUCAGCAGUGAAUGGAGCUGGCAAAACUACUUGGAGUGAAUGUUCAGUGCGUGAAUUCAAUGCAUUCUUACUGCAAUUAGAUGAAAGUGGUCGUGGUAACUGCCUGCGUGAUGGGUCAGAAGGACUCUUGAUUUAUAAUCAUAUGAAGGAUAGCCGUUUACCUGGACAGCGCUUCACGGCUGAUCAACAGUGUUCUUAUUUUUGGGGCAGAGGCUUUGAAGUCGAAAUACCCAGGGGAAAGACAAUGGAUGACAUUUGCCGCAUAUUAUGGUGUGGAAAUAAUGGUUCGACGAUAUCAACAGCUCAUCCAGCGCUAGAGGGAAGUUGGUGUGGCGGUAGCAAGUUCUGCAUUGAAGGACAAUGUCAACAGUGGCCACAACGAACAGCUCCAGCCAAAGUGAAUGGUGGAUGGACUGAAUGGAGUGGUAAGGAAAGACGAUGUCCGAUCAGUCAGUGCCAAAUAACGGGCAGUAUUCAAAUUAAGAGUCAGAUGAGAACGUGCACCAAACCUUCGCCUAAUAAUGGUGGUAGAAAAUGUAUAGGCUCUAAUGUGCGUGGCCUAAUUUGUGGCGAUGUAAACUCAAGUUGCAAAGCGAUGACACUGUUAGAAUAUGGCACUAAGGUAUGUACAGCAAUAAAAAACGACCAUGAAAAGCCGGACCGGCAACUUACCGGUGCUACAUUUUUUCACAGUACACAACCGUGCAAGGUCUGGUGUCACUUGACUGAUUCGGAACUAAUCCGAAACAAAGGCCAGUACCCGGAUGGCUCCCCUUGCGGAGCUGGACAAUUCUGCGUUGGGGGACAGUGCCUGACACUGAUGUGUAAUAACAAAGCUGUAGUGCAAAGCAGGAAAGACUGUCCUGCAAUUCUCGGCAGUGACAGUGAGGAUUGGACUGGAUGGAGCGAGUGGUCCGAAUGCUCAAUUUUUUGUGAUUCUGGCGGGAAACAACAGCGGAAACGAAUCUGUCAGUCGCAGAAAUGUAUAGGUGAAUCAAUGGAUUCCCGAUCAUGUUUUCCCAAAAUAUCGUCCUGUCGGGAGUCCGAGAAGCAAAAAAGAUGCAAUACGAGCUGUGGCGACAAGAUGCAAGACAGAACGCAAAUUUGCAUGAAAGGGCAAAACUGUCCCAGUGCUGUUAAACCAGGACGCCAGUGCAGCAAGGUUAGCUGUGUCGCUUGGCACGAGUGGGAAUUAUGGUCGGCAUGUAGCACGACCUGUGGUAGCGGACAAAGGAGCAGGAAGCGCCAGUGUAGUCAGAUGAAUGGAUGUGAAGGCGAAGGUAUCCAAAUUGAGCCGUGUGAAACUAAGAAAUGUCUGCUGGAAAUAUGGGGUGACUGGUUGCCUUGCUCGGCAUCAUGCGGACUGGGUUUCCAGUUACGCGAGCGUUUGUGUGAUGGAUCGCUCUGUGCUAGUGGGCAAAAGCAGGCUAGGACUUGUAAUGAGAAAGACUGUAGUAAUGGUGGAACACUGUUGCAACUGUGGAGUGAUUGGUCUGAUUGGCUGCCCUGUUCUGCUUCCUGUGGUGAAGGUAUACAAAUCAGAGUCCGGAAAUGUAUUGCUGGAAAUUGUCCAAAAUUGGAUUCAGUAAUUGAUCAGCGACGCUGUGUUUUACGUCCGUGUCCGGAAUGGACUUCGUGGAGUGACUGGAGUGAUUGUUUGACGUGUGAGCGUAAAGAAGUACGACAUCGUGAACGACAUUGCCGAAUAGGUCUCAUACAAGCUGAUGCUGAAGGACACGAAUGUCCUGGGGGAGCGAAAGAAAUAGAAACUUGUGAUAUUUCGUGUGAAAUAUCGACCUUUACGAGUGACAAGAAAUCGCGUCGUAAAGUUAAUACAUCAGAUCGUAUCGUUCAAGUAAUUAAUUCGGAAUUAAAAGUGCUGGCUAUAUGGGAGCAGUGGCAAGAGUGGCAACCCUGUUCGCGUACCUGUGGUGCAGGUACUCGCAUAAGGAAGGGUAUUUGUCAAAGUGGUAUUAACUGCACAAAAGGAGAACCAAUUUUAGAUAUUCAACUAUGCAACGGCAAUUCCUGUGGUACUUCUGGUGAAUUAUCCUAG